UACGCUAGGCAACACUGCUUCCGCCCCUCCCCCCCCGACCAGCGGAUGUUCGCGCCCCGCGCUACAACGUUCUCUCCACCGCGCCACGCCCGACCGCAAUGACGCUCUCGAAAUACUACGCGAUUUUAACCUAAUAACGACCUUGUAAUUGAUAUAUAUUCAAGUAUUAAACGAUUUACAUAUAAGUGAAUAAAUAUUUUAUUGAAAAUUCAUACAUAAAAUACAUGAACCGCCAACCAGCGCGUUCAUGUUGGCGACCGUAAACUGCACGAGACCUGCACGAGUCACGCCAAGAGGGCAAUCUUCGGAAGGCUACAUAUUACAAGCCACGAGCGUCAAGCAGUUGGUCGCGGGCAAGUCAAGAUAUCCAGCAAUUCGAGUUUCACAAGUAAGCGGUGGAGAGCAGAAGCCACGUGGACGCACACAUAGCGGCGCCACGUGUUACAAGAAGAGGACGCCACGCGAGAGCCACGCAUCUGCAAGAAAUUGUCUGCAGCUGCGCCAGAGGCACAAUUAGAUUCCACUUCAAGAAGAAAACCACGUGUCUAGACGCCUUCCCAGUCGGUCUACAUACGUCUAGCAUCAACCAGUACAAGAUACCAGGUCCCAGGUCAUCGGCAGCGGAGCGCCGCGUCGGUGGCAGGUCAUCACAUCCAGCUCGGCUCAGCACGUCGCGGCCUACACGGGCGUCGAGACAAGGAACAGCGAGCGAGCGAGCGAAGGCGAAGAACGUCGGGAGGAGGCGCCGUGGUACAUAGUGGAAUGCCAAGGAACGUGAGCCCAUCCUUUUAUUUCCUAUCUUUCUAUCCUAGUUUCCGUCUUUACUUGUGCGAACAGAAUAGGCAUUUCUAGUGUCCCUAUCGUUCAAACUAAUAUCUCUAGUUUUCUAUUUCUUUUCUUUUUAUUAACAAGUCAAGUCUAGUAUUCCCUAUCAAAAGUUGUGCGUAAUCAUUUUAUCAUUGCAAGUCUAGUUUCGAUUUCGCACGCUCAUUGAUUAGGGCCAAUUAUUUCUAUUGAAUACCUACUGUCUAGUAUGCAGCUCAGGUUCAAUUGCCACUGUCUAGUCAUGCAGGGCAAUCCAGUGUUUUAGACCAAGUUUCGUUUAUUACUGUCAAGCUAUACAGUAUAAACAAGAUCAAGUAUAAGCCUACUGUCUAGUUAUGCAGUAGGCACAAGCUAGUAUUCCUAGUUCUAGUUAGGUUCUCUUAUUAUUGUCUAGUAUGCAAUACAAGUGACCAAAUAUUUCUAAUUUUCAAGUCUAGUUUCUCUUGUUAUUGUCGAGUAUGCAAUACAAGUGCUUAUAUGCCUAUCUAGGUAAUUAUUAAUUAAUCACAAGUCUAGUUCUAGUGCAUCCUUAUUACAAGUCUAGUUAAGUACGUGAUCCUAGGCAAGUCUAGUGAAAUUAGGUGCGUACAUUCGCUUUUCUGAUAAGGAUUGUCAUACAAGUUCAAGUUUUACGUAAGUUUUUACGAGUUUAAACUACGUAGGGAUUCCAAAUAAUCCAAAUAAUUAUUUUCAAGCUACACAAGUGUCAUAAAACAAUCGAGGUUUUAUAAUUGAAUAAUUCAAUUGACUUCCAUUUUCAAGUCUAGCGAGCGAGUGAACGAACGAACAAUCGAAUGAUAUAGUAAGAGUGAGUGAAAGGAAACUAUAGCUAACCCCACGAGUGUGACGAGUCUAGAUAUACCGGCGUCCACGCCGGCGGCCAUUUUGUCAUUACCUUAUUUUUUCUUCUAGUUCUAGUAAACGAUAGUUCGUUUCGUAUUUUCGAGUGAAAUAUUAUUGAAAUUACAGUGAUUUUCUACAGAGUUUUGUGCAUAACGUGUAGUGAAGUUAAAAGGUGAUAUUUGUAGCUAGUUAUUACAAUUUUAUAAUCAUGAGUGUCGAAGUAAACAAAGAGUUAAACGAGUUAACAGUGAAGCGUCGCUCUGUAAAGGGCAGAAUUACGAAGUUUAGCAAGUAUUUAAAUUCUUUACCGGCUGGAGACCUAUCAGUUCAGGAUCGCAGCCAGUUAUGCACGAAGCUCGAGAAGUUUACUGUGAUGUUUGAUAGUUUUGACGACUUACAAUCACGUAUUGAAGUCUAUAACGAGGAUAAUUUGGAUGACGAGUUGCAAGAACGUGAGGAAAUAGAGGACAGUUUUCAUAGCAACAUAGCAUUCGCUAAGGUCAAGUUAGGCACAAUUUCCCUUGCCGAAACGAGUGGACAGGCAGAGCGUGAGAGUGCAACAUACACUCCCAAUGAUUCACAAUGCGCUCAUAGCUGCGGAGGUCAGCAAGAUCUUGGUUUCCGCCUUCCAGUCAUUCAAAUCUCAAACUUUGACGGUACGUAUUUCAAAUGGCUUGAAUUUCGUGACACAUUCGAGUCGUUAAUUCAUAACAAUACGCGAAUUAAACCGAUCAACAAGUUUCAUUACUUAUGCUCGUAUCUGCAAGGGGAAGCUGCGCGUGUCAUUUCAAAUCUAGAAGUUUCUGAUAAGAAUUAUAGUGAAGCAUGGGACUUACUUUGCGAGCGAUAUAACAACAAACGCCAAUUGACAACCAAUCACUUAAAUUCAUUGUUAAAAAUUGAUCCUAUCUCACGCGAAUCUGACAAGUCACUCAGGUUUCUAGUGGACCACGUAACUAAAAAUUUACGUGCUUUAAAUAACCUUGGGCAGCCCACAGAUCAGUGGGACACAUUAAUCAUCCAUAUUAUGUCCUCUAAACUAGAUAAUAUUACAAGUUUGAAAUGGGAAGAGCAUAGGUCAAGUUCUAGUAAGGAAAUGCCGUCUCUUGAUGAUUUCUUCAAGUUCCUUAAGGGUCGAGCAGACGUUCUAGAGUCAGUACAAAGAUCUAAACAAGAUAAACAAGUCUCGAGUGGCAACAAUAAUACACAUAACAAGUAUCAAAGGGCUAACAAAUCUGUGAAUGUCAUUUCAGCUAAUCCAGUAAAUUUCGAACAAGUCAAUCGAAGUCUGCAUUGUUUCGUCUGCAAGGGCAAGCAUAGAAUAUAUGACUGUCCAGCGUUCCUGUCCAUGAGCAUCGAGGAGCGGAUACAAAAGGCUAGUUCACUGAAGCUCUGUCUGAACUGUCUGCGGAGCGGCCAUAUUGCAGGCGCUUGCAGGUUAAGUAGCUGUCGUAUUUGCAAUGCACGUCACAACACAAUGCUUCAUAAGCCACACACACAGACCAUCACAGCCACUCCUAGUAUUGACAAUGUCAUCCCUACAAGUACCACAAGUACAAGCACUCCCAAUUCAGUCACAAGUGAUACAAGUACAAGUUCUAUUUCUAUGUCUGUCACUUCCACUAGCCAGGUUGUUCUUUCUACAGCACUAGUGGACAUUGUCAAUCCAGAUAAUAAUCAAGUGGAAACAGUAAAGGUACUGUUAGACUGCGGAAGCAUGUCUUCAUUUAUUACAAGUGAUUUGAAGCAACGGCUUCAACUAGAUACACAAGUGCUAGAUGCCACUACUAUAGUAGGUAUUGGUAACUCUUCUCUUAACUUUGCUCCGGAGAGGGGCACUGUUACUGUCAAGUCUAGAUGCAAUCCAUUUAGUGUCACAUUGUCAUGUCUCGUAUUGCCUGAGAUCACAGCCACAUUACCUAGGCGCCCUAUAAACAUGAAACAAUUUAGCUUCCCUAGUAACAUCAGCUUAGCUGAUCCCAGUUUCAAUGUCCCAAGCAAGGUGGACAUGCUUAUAGGCGCGGAUCUAUUUUGGGAUCUUAUAGGCCCACGACAGCAGUCGUUGGGUGCUAAUUUACCCACUCUGCGAGAGUCCAAGUUAGGCUGGUUCUUAGCAGGUCAUAUACGUGACAAACAAACAAGUAAUUUACAAGUGGACAAUUCUAACACAAGUAUUCAAUGUAAUUUUUCAGCACUGGAGAGUCUGCACACCAAACUGAGCAGGUUCUGGGAGCUAGAGGAGCUUCCGACGUCGCAGAAGGCUUCGGAGGCGGGAGUCGAUGCAGGGAACCCAUGCGAGACACAUUUCAUGACACACACCACCCGUUUAGAAAAUGUCGAGCUUCACGCCUUCAGUGACGCUUCCCAGGCUGCCUACGGUGCUUGCAUCUACGUCAAGUCUAUCGAUCAAGCAGGAAACACGAGCAUUCUUCUCUACUGUGCUAAGGCACGCGUAGCACCGUCUAAGGCGGCUCUCACCAUCCCGCGCCUGGAGCUGUGCGGCGCGCUACUCGCGGCCCGCCUGCUGUGCGCUGUAAAGAGCGCCCUCCGCCGGCAGAUAAGCAAGUCUUACCUGUGGACGGACUCCAGCGUCGUGCUAGGGUGGAUCGCCACCGAACCCUCGAGACUUAAAGUCUGGGUUUCCAAUAGGGUUAGGCAGGUUCAAGAAAUGACAAGUACUUCAUCGUGGCGGUACGUCCCUACCGCUCACAACCCAGCCGAUCUAGCAUCCCGCGGCGUAGACCCACAUCAAGUUCAAGACUCCACCUUAUGGUGGCAAGGUCCAUCAUUUUUGUCUAGGCCUGAAUCCGAGUGGCCUACUCUCUAUUCUCACAAGUGUGACAACCUUCCAGAGUUAAAGGUACACACUACUCUAGUUACGGACUCUAUCAAGGCUAGUAUCGAUAUAUCUAGGUAUUCAAAAUUGCAAUUCUUACAACGAGUCAUUGCUUACAUUUAUCGAUUCAUACAUAAUUGCAAGAACCCCCAUGAUAAGCACACUGGCUCGCUAACUGUCGAUGAGUUAGAGGGUGCAUUCACAUGUCUAGUUAGAAUGUCACAACAAGACUCUUUCCCUCACGAAUUACAGACUUUACAAAGACAAGACAAUCUCAAGCUCAAGUCUAGUAUCGUAUCAUUAAACCCAUUUCUAGAUUCCCAGGGCUUGCUCAGAGUUGGUGGAAGACUGUGCAAUUCACAGUACGAGUACGAGAAGAAGCACCCAGUUUUAUUGCACGCGAAACACCACCUCACUAAGCUCUUAUUUACACAAGAACACCACAGGCUGCUGCACGCGGGACCACAAUUGUUGCUCGCGUCCAUACGAGAACGCAUCUGGCCGCUAGGUGGUAGAGAGUUGGCUCGUCGUACAGCGAGAAGCUGUAUCAAGUGUCGGCGUAUCAGCGCUCAACCUCUACACAACAUUAUGGGUAACUUACCGGCGCAGCGAAUCACACCUGACUACCCUUUUAGUACAGUCGCCGUUGAUUUCGCGGGUCCUUUUAUGAUUACAGACAGGAAGGGUCGAGGCUGUAAGAUAACAAAGGCAUAUCUAUGCCUAUUUAUAUGUUUCAGGUCCAAGUGUGUCCAUCUCGAGGCGGUGAGUGAAUUGUCGAGAGACGCAUUCAUGUUAACACUGCGUAGGUUUAUCGCUCGCAGGGGUAAGCCGAAUGACAUUUUUUGUGAUAAUGGGAGGAAUUUUGUUGCUACUGCUAGGGAGCUAGGUACGUUUUUAUCUAACAAUUCUGACCUCAUUGCGCAUGACGCCAGCACUCAUAACAUAAAUUUUCACUUCUCCCCUGCUUACGCACCUAAUUUUAAUGGACUUGCAGAGGCCGGAAUAAAAUCUGCUAAAUUCCAUUUAAAACGCAUACUAGGCAAUUCUCAUCUAACGUUUGAAGAGAUGUCUACUCUUUUUGCACAAGUCGAGUCAAUCCUUAAUAGCAGACCCCUGUGUCCCUUGUCAUCAUCCCCUAACGACUAUACCCCCCUUACUCCGGGACACUUUCUGAUAGGCAGACCACUAAUGUCACUGCUAUCGCCUUCUCUAGAAGACGAAAAUGCAUCCCGCCUGAACCGCUACCAGCGCAUCGAGCAAGCUAGAGAACAUUUUUGGCGCCGGUGGCAAUCCGAAUAUAUCUCCGAGCUGCAACAAAGGCUUAAAUGGCGUAUUCGUUGCAGAGAUCUGAGACCUGGUGACUUGGUGCUCAUCAAAGAAGACAACACGUCACCACUCCAGUGGCGCUUGGGUCGUGUACAACAACUCUUCCCGGGCGCAGACGGCAUUCCGCGCGUCGCUGACGUGGCUACCGCCAGGGGCAUCGUGCGACGAGCUCUAUCGAAGAUCUGCUUGUUGAAAGCGGACGCUUCCAACGGGGGCGACGAUGUUAGCGCCGUACGCUAGGCAACACUGCUUCCGCCCCUCCCCCCCCGACCAGCGGAUGUUCGCGCCCCGCGCUACAACGUUCUCUCCACCGCGCCACGCCCGACCGCAAUGACGCUCUCGAAAUACUACGCGAUUUUAACCUAAUAACGAC